UGCCGUCAGUUCCGCCCCGCCCCGCCCCCCGGCGUGUCCGGCAGCAGAAGGAGGCGGGGGCGGUUCCUGUCCCGGCUCCUGCAGUUGAUGCAAAAUGAGCGUUCCUGACUACAUGCAGUGUGCUGAGGACCAUCAGACUCUCCUGGUUGUGGUUCAGCCAAUUGGUAUUGUACCAGAAGAGAGCUUCUUUAGGAUCUACAAGCGAAUUUCAACAGUGAGUCAGGUGAACGUGCACGACUCUCAGCGUGUGUUGUAUAUCCGUUACAGGCACCAUUAUCCACCAGAGAAUAAUGAAUGGGGGGAUUUUCAGACACACCGCAAAGUUGUGGGGCUGAUAACUAUUACAGAAUGUUCUUCUGCAAAGGACUGGCCUCAGACCUUUGAAAAAUUCCACCUUCAAAAGGAAAUGUAUGGUUCUACACUGUAUGAUUCCCGGUUGUUUGUCUUCGGACUUCAAGGAGAGAUUGCAGAGCAGCCGCGCACAGAUGUGGCGUUUUAUCCCAGUUAUGAUGAAUGUGAGACUGUGGAGAAGAGAAUAGAAGAUUUUAUUGAAUCCCUCUUCAUUGUGUUAGAAUCUAAGCGACUUGACAGAGCCACUGAUAAGUCUGGAGACAAGAUCCCACUACUCUGUGUUCCUUUUGAAAAGAAAGAUUUUGUAGGUCUGGACACAGAUAGUAGACACUAUAAGAAGCGUUGUCAAGGCCGGAUGCGGAAACAUGUUGGUGACCUGUGUUUGCAAGCCGGGAUGUUACAGGAUUCUUUAGUGCAUUAUCACAUGGCUGUUGAGCUUCUGCGGUCUGUGAAUGACUUUCUGUGGCUUGGAGCUGCUCUUGAAGGGCUAUGUUCAGCAUCAGUCAUCUAUCAUUACCCUGGUGGUACUGGAGGUAAAACUGGGACUCGCAGGGCGCAAGGAGGUUCUCUUUCUGCUGAGGCAGGCAACAGGCACAGACCAGGGGCACAAGAAGUUCUCAUUGAUCCAGGUGCCCUGACUUCAAAUGGUAUAAAUGCAGAUACCAGUGCUGAGAUAGGACGUGCUAAGAAUUGCCUUAGUCCUGAAGACAUCAUAGAUAAAUAUAAAGAAGCAAUUUCUUACUACAGCAAGUACAAGAAUGCUGGGGUGAUUGAACUGGAAGCCUGUGUGAAGGCCGUGAGGGUCCUUGCGAUACAGAAAAGGAGCAUGGAAGCCUCUGAGUUUCUUCAGAAUGCAGUUUAUAUCAACCUUCGUCAGCUUUCAGAAGAAGAAAAGAUCCAGCGUUACAGCAUUCUUUCUGAGCUGUAUGAACGCAUUGGUUUUCACCGAAAGUCUGCUUUUUUCAAGCGUGUGGCAGCAAUGCAAUGUGUCGCACCUAGCAUACCAGAACCUGGUUGGAGGGCCUGCUACAAAUUGCUUUUGGAAACUCUCCCUGGCUAUAGUCUGUCACUAGAUCCAAAAGAUUUCAGCAAAGGAACUCAUAGAGGAUGGGCUGCAGUGCAGAUGCGUUUGCUUCAUGAGCUGGUAUAUGCUUCCAGAAGAAUGGGCAAUCCAGCGCUGUCUGUCAGGCACCUGUCUUUCCUUCUCCAGACCAUGCUGGAUUUUCUUUCUGAUCAAGAAAAGAAGGAUGUAACACAGAGCUUGGAAAGUUACACAUCAAAAUGCCCUGGCACAAUGGAGUUCAUCACUCUCCCAGAUGGUGUGAAGUUACCUCCGGUUCCAUUCACCAAAUUACCUAUAGUGAGAUCUGUGAAGCUUUUGAAUCUCCCCACCAGCCUCCGACCUCACAAAAUGAAAAGUUUACUUGGUCAGAAUAUGUCAACCAAAAGCCCCUUCAUAUAUUCUCCAAUUAUUGCACACAGUCGGGGUGAAGAACGAAAUAAGAAAAUAGACUUCCAGUGGGUCCAGGGAGAUGUGUGUGAAGUUCAGCUGAUGGUGUACAACCCCAUGCCUUUUGAGCUCCGAGUAGAAAACAUGGGUCUCUUGACAGCAGGAGUAGAAUUUGAAUCUCUUCCUGCAGCUCUUUCUCUACCUGCAGAAUCUGGUCUCUAUCCGGUAACUCUUGUUGGUGUUCCUCAAACCACUGGGCAGAUCACUAUCAAUGGUUAUCAUACUUCAGUUUUUGGAGUCUUCAGUGACUGCCUUCUGGACAAUCUGCCAGGAGUCAAGACCAAUGGCUGUACUGUUGAAGUCAUUCCAGCUUUGCCAAGGCUGCAGAUCAGUACUUCCCUUCCGAGGUCUGCUCAUACGCUUCAGCCUUCUUCAGGGGAUGAAAUCUCCACUAAUGUGUCUGUCCAGCUAUACAAUGGAGAGACCCAGGAGCUUAUUAUUAAGUUAGAAAAUAUUGGAACAGAACCUUUGGAGAAACUAGAGAUCACAGCAAAAACAGUCAACACUAAGGAGAAGUUGUAUGGUGACUUCUUGAGUUGGAAUCUAGAAGAUACCCUCUCCCAAUUUCCUCUAAAACCUGGGAAGAUUGCAACAUUUACUGUAAAUAUUAAAGUGAAGCUGGACUUUUCCUGCCAAGAAAACCUUCUACAAGAUCUGAAUGAUGAUGGAAUCAGUGUUAGUGGACUUCCACUUUCCAGUCCUUUCCGACAGGUUGUCAAACCACGAGUAGAGACUAAACCUAUUAAUCCGCAAGAAGGCAGCAAAGCUGGCGACUUCAGUCACGUGAAGACCCUGGAAGCCAUUCUGAAUUUUAAAUACUCCGGCGGACCAGGACACGUUGAAGGGUAUUACAGGAACCUUUCGCUAGGCCUCCACGUGGAAGUGGAGCCAUCCGUUUUCUUUACACGGGUCAGCACCCUGCCAGCUACCAGCACCCGGCAAUGCCAUCUACUUCUUGAUGUCUUCAAUUCUACAGAGCAUGAGUUGACCAUUAGUGCUAAGAACAACGAAGAUUUAAUUCUGCACGCAGGGGAAUGUCAGCGUAUGGCUAUCCAAGUGGACAAGUUCAAUUUUGAGAGCUUUCCAGAAUCCCCUGCUGAUGGGACCCAGUUUGCGAACGCAAAGCAGCUGGAAGAAGAAAGGCAGCAGGCGAAAGGUCUGGAGAUUAACAGCAAGCUGGAUAUUUGCUGGAAAAUUCCUUCCCUGAAGCGCGGAGGGGAAGCCAGUGUAGAAGGUGUUCUCAAUCAGCUGGUCCUAGAGCAUCUGCAGCUGGCUCCUCUUCAGUGGGAUAUCCUUGUCAAUGGAAAGCUUUGCGACUGUGAUAUUGUGGUAGACUGCAAAGUUGGGGACCCCAUCCCGUUGGAGGUGAAGCUGACCAACUGGAGCAAACACAGCGUGGGCCCUUUUGCUCUCACAGUGACGCCCUACCAGGAUUACCAAAAUGGGGUGCACAACUAUGACCUGCAAGAUGCUAUCACUUUUGUGGGAUCCAACACGUUUUACAUUGAUUCGGUGAAGCCAACCAAAGACUCUGUGUACUUCGGAGCACUUCUCUUUCUCUACACAGGGGAUUUCUAUCUGAAUAUCAAAUUUCAUGAAGAUAACUGCAGCAAGGAGCUCCCUCUCUCCUGGUUCUGCCUUCCAAGCGUCCACAUUCGUGCGAUGGAGCCUGUGAUCCAAACUAAGCUGUAGAUGUACUAUGUGCUAUUUGAUUAACCACAGUGCACAGAAAUACUUGGCACAGUCUCUACUCGACCCCAGCUUCUUUCUGUCCAGCCCCCGGCCACGGUCCCUGCUUUGGAGGAACAGCUGAACACUUUCUGAAUUGGCUGGUAGUCAUUUGGGCAGCUGCUUUAGCUAAUUUCAGAGAGAGAAAGACAGAUUAUAAGUAUGCUGGAGUUCUCCUCUGUUUCCAAAAAGCCUUUGAAAUAGCUAAUACAUGCAUUAUGCUUUCAUACACCCCAUUGAUAUCAGUAGAUUUGAGGGCUUGAGGGCUGAAUUUAACCAUGUAUUUGAAGGUAUCAAUUCCAAUUUGAAUAAUCCGUCUUUAUCAUUUCAAAAAGAGUUGCGUAUCUGUAUUAAACGCCUUCUGGCACACAAUGAACCCGUGGUAUGUACCCUUGUGGUGUAGUUCUCUGUUGGGCUUGUUCUUGUUCCACUUGUUUGUUGAGUAUUUGGUGUUUUCAGUGGUAAACAGUGGUAGUGAUGCCUUUUCCUGUGUUGCUUAGUGAAAGUAAGAAUAGCAAAUAUGCCUCCAGGUGUUCUCUUCCUCCCCUGAGCUCAGUGCCUCUGCUCCUAGUGGAGUCACUGCCUUUUGUUUGGUAGAUCUAUGAACAUGAAAAGAAGGAUGGCAAAGAAGAGCUAAAUUUUUGUCCUUGAGAAAGGAAACAAGCCAACCGUUGGGUUGCCGAGGGCUAGCCAAUGAUUUCAGUCUAUGGGCUUGUGUUUCAAACAGUCACAGGCACCAGAAACAUUUACAGACCCUUAAAGUGCCACCAAAAUUAAUCAGCUGGCAUUAUUAUCAUUUUGUGGGAGUUUUUGCAAACUCUUCUGAUCAGGUUUUUCAUGCUAAUAGGCUGAGCUUGAUUAUGUGGAGUGUUUUUUUUAGUAGAAUGAUUAAGUUUAAUUAUUAGGUAAUUAAGGCUGUAGAAUUCCUGACCAUAACGGUAGUUGCUGAAUGUACUGAAAAUUUAACUGGUUGUUUUUCCAAAUAAUGAUUUUGCAUAAAGAAACUCAGAUUUACUCCAUGCAAAGCAGGGAGAUAUUUCAUCUGUAUGAUUUAUAUGUUGUUUCAUGGGCCAUAGGUUUCAAACACGGCUCAAUCUUUUCUUAGAUUUACAGCCUGCAGCUGUUAAAGCUGGUGGUAGGAUACUUACUGAGGUUGAAUACACAAAGAUGUGAUGGGACACUCAGGUUAGUUCUCUCUGUCCUAAACUUAUAUGCACAACCCUUUUGGCUUAGGCUUCAUCCGAGUGUGGGUACACUAUUUCACGACUGUACUGGUGUUUCUGCUGACACCAUGGAGCUGUAGGCUGGAGAGCUAUUUACUCUGUGUCUCUGCACCAUGCUCAGUUCUGCUUGUAGAUCUAACUGGUGUAUUUUCUGUAGGAACAUGACAGUGGUCAAAACUCGAUUGAUUGCAUGUUUGCAAAGGACUGUAAUGUAUUGAUCCUAAAUAUUUUCUUAAUUUGAGGGAACUAGCUAUGGUGUGAUAGUUAUGUUUCUAGUGUGUUCAGGGUAUUAUCUGUCAAUCUGUAUUGUGGCAAUUUCAUCAGUGUUUGCUCUUGAGCUGCGACUCUGUGCAAGGCUUUGAAUUCCAGAGUAGAAGUCUUCAGGCUUAAUGUGAUGGAAAUCUGAGGCUAAAUGAACACUUACUUGCAAUGAUGUGCUAUUCUGUGAGCUGCCAGUGAGCAGUGUCCAGUAACAAAACUGUCCUCUAGGCUUGCUGAGUGGCUCUGGGCCAGAGACAGCAGUGGGAAGAGGGUCCAAGCAGCAGAGCUGGGCACAUCCUGGCUGUGAGGCUGAGUCUCUGCCACGAAAUACUAAAUAGUAUAUACACAUAAAAUAAGAUCCUAGGAGAGCAAGAAUUAAACCAGUUACUCUUCUCCAUAAAAACUUGCUUUUGCCAUGUGUCUCUAUACUAUGUUACACAACACUGUUGCAGCAAAAUCCAAAUUGUGCUUUAUUCAGUAUUCCCAGCAGGUAGUCUGCAGAUGCUAGGAGUACAGCUAAGGCUUUAUAAGGGCCACACUGCAUUUGAGGCAAAAAUAUUGUGAAGCAGAUGUCGUUGCAGUCAGGAUGCUUCAGCUUACCCAGCAAAAGGAGCUUCUCAUAGUUUGCUUUUGAGAGUGGUACUUGAGAGCAGAGGCUAUCGUUCAGUGAAGCCUGUUCCGAGGUAGAGCACUCAUGUGCCCUUACUUAAAAAGGGGCCUGAUCCGCAGCCAAUUAAAGCUAUUGAAUGGGAACAGGUUUUAUUAUAACAAAAUAGAGCUGCAUAUUUCCUAGGUUUCCAAUAUGCCAUUAUAAAUCUGCAAAAUGUGCUCAUAAAUAUAAGCGUUUGUGUGUGAGCUGACCCUUAAUGGUCUGUCUGUUCUUUAUAAAGUAUACUGCUCUGUCCCUUGUCAACUCUGAUGGUUAGUUGCUUUUGGCAUUUAUGAUCUUUCCCAGUUUUCUUACACUUCUGCUUGUCUUGGUGAGAGAGAUGAAACGCAGGAAAUUUUUCCAUCUGGGGAUCAGUUGUGACUUCUCCAGAAGGAGAAUGUUAAAGUGUCAGUGUAAUUUGGAGAAGGGUGAGGGGAAGGUACUUUAAAAUGAGAAUACUGCAUGGCUUUUUGUUUUCUUUUUAAUGGAAGCUUUCACUGGAAUUGCUGUCAGGAUUGGUACUUGCAGUGGCUUGAAUAAAGGAUGAAACUUUCCUGAUCUGCUCUCCCUUUUUGGAACUGAAAGCUUGUUUUUAUUUCUCUGAACCACCCAGCUAUUAUUUUGAACAUGAUGAGCCAAUCUCUUCAUUGUUACACAGCUGUAAAUCUGAUACGAUCCCACUUGGUUGAAUUAAAUCAUUCCUAAUUUAAAUCAUCAUUGCUGUGAGCAGAAGUUGGUCCAAUAUAUGUAUGUGUUGGAGAAGCAUAAACCAUGUAAAUUUAAUUAUCUGAAUAAAUGAGUAUCUUGUGUUAUGUA